UGUUGCGCACCGGCAGUGUUUAUGUGCAGAGAGAAGGGUAGGAGAAGGGAGAUUGAAAGAGGAGGGGUCAGUCAAGGCGACGCAAACAUUAACGUAUCUAAUUAUGCAGGUAGUGAUUGUAGGGAUGAUAAUGAAGGGGCAUGUGCAGCGAGAACCGAGAGCGGGGAAGCGGGUAAGGAGACUCCCUGUUGUUUUGAGGGACGAGGAGGAAGGUGUGAAUUGUUAGCGGAGUUUUUGGGUCUCCGGGGAGGCAUAACUCAGAGGUAUCCCAAAUGGCAAUUUGGAACAGGCAGCAUCACGGAAGCGCCGGGUCAAUGGUUUACACGUGUUAAAAUGUGUCAUAUUUUGUCAAUACUCCAAGUACAAACAAACCAUUAUGCAGAAAUUAAACCUGUUGGAAUCUGUUGUUCUGCAGAAAAUUUUAAGUCAGAGAGAGCUGACUCGGCAGUUUCUGUGUCUAGGAAGUUUCCUCCCACUUUUUCUUCACAAGUUAACCUGACCAAAUGGCCCAGUGAGUUUCCUUUUUUGCCCAUUUCUGUGGGGGACGAGAGGGAUUCUGCUCUUGGGACAGCACUUACGGAUAGAGUGAUUUUGUGGGGGGAUUUCAACGUAAACAACAACAACAACAAGGGUAAAGACAGGCGUGAUUUUGGUGAUGAAUUAGAGACGAUAAAGUCCACUGAGCAAGUGUCUUUAGAAGGUGUCAGACUGUCAGAAAAGCAGCAGAUUGGGACUGAGGAGGGAAAGGGGAGAGAUGGUGAGGCAGAGGGGGGCGGACUGGAGGGCUCUGCCGCUGCUGCUGGGGGAGGAAAAUUACAGGUGGGGGAGGGGGAGUUAAUGGUAGGGAGAGGACCGCGGGGAGAAGGGGAGGAUGAGAAGCAGAGUGAGAGGGGGACAACAAAGCUAGGCCAAGCUGAGGAGAGAGAGGCAGAGGAAGGGAAGGGUCAGGAUAGGGGCAGUAGCACCGUCACUAUCACACACCUAGAUAGUGAUGAGAGGGAGCCAGAGGGGGAGGCUGAGGAGAGGUGCAGUUCAAGGGGAGAGAGGAGCCUGGAAAGGCUGAUAAUAGACCCAGAUGAUAAAACUUUGCCGGAAGAAAGGACCGGCAAGGUUUUGAUGGCGUGGCCUCGCUCUCGACGUGCAGCUAACAGACAUCCUCAUUUUUCCCUAUAUAACUACCAAAUACAAGUGGCCGAGAACCAGCCACCUGGGACCUCAGUUCUUGUCAUGUCUGCUUCAGACCCGGAUGCAGGGGAUGCAGGCAGGCUGAGCUACAGCAUGGCCCCACUGAUGAACAGCCGAUCAUCUGACUAUUUCCACAUACACCCUGACACCGGUUUGAUCACAUCCACCCAGAUUCUAGAUCGAGAACAUAUGGUUCUGCAUUAUUUUCGUGUCACAGCGACUGAUCAUGGUUCCCCUCGCCUCUCUGGCACUACAAUGGUUGCCAUUACUGUUGCAGACCGCAAUGAUCACUCCCCUAUUUUUGAGCAGACCGAGUACAGGGAAACCAUCAGGGAGAAUGUAGAGGAAGGGUAUCCCAUUCUUCAACUGAGAGCGACAGAUUUAGACUCCCCAUCCAACGCUAAUAUCCGCUACCGAUUUGUGGGCGACACCGCAACAGUUGGAAGAGCUGCUUUUGAAAUUGAUCCAAGAUCAGGCCUCAUAACUACCCGCGGGAUUGUUGACAGAGAAACAAGUGAACGCUACACGCUGCAGGUGGAGGCUAGCGACCAGGGCAAGGAACCAGGGCCACGAUCAGCCACAGUCGAAGUCUUCAUCACUGUGCUGGAUGAAAAUGACAAUGUGCCACAGUUCAGUGAGAAGCGGUACGUGGUGGCGGUGAAGGAGGACGUGAGGCCACACACAGAGAUCCUCCGUGUGAGUGCCACAGACCGGGACAAGGACAGUAAUGCUGCGGUUCACUACAAUAUCAUCAGUGGGAACAGCCGUGGACAGUUUUCCAUAGACAGUUUCACGGGGGAGAUCCAAGUAGUGGCGCCCCUGGAUUACGAGGCAGAGCGGGAGUACACCCUGCGUGUACGUGCGCAGGACAAUGGCCGACCACCUCUUUCCAACAACACCGGCAUUGUGAGUGUGCAGGUGACAGACGUCAAUGACAACCCGCCCAUCUUUGUAUCCACGCCGUUUCAAGCAUCUGUGCUUGAGAGUGCACCUGUUGGAAGCUCUAUCCUCCACAUCCAGGCCAUCGAUACUGACGCAGGCGACAACGCACGCCUGGAAUACAGACUGACCGGCACUAGCUCUGACACACCAUUCCUCAUCAAUUCUGCAACGGGCUGGGUCACCGUCAGAUCCAUUCUUGACAGGGAAUCUGUAGAGCACUAUUUCUUUGGCGUAGAGGCAAGGGAUUAUGGGAUGCCGCCUCUUUCUGCCACAGCAAGUGUCACAAUAACAGUCAUGGAUGUCAAUGAUAACCGACCAGAGUUUUUACAAAAGGAAUAUUACGCCCGCCUGAAUGAGGAUGCUGUAGUUAGUACCAGUGUGGUCACUGUCACAGCUGUGGAUCGGGAUGUCAACAGCGCCGUGACCUAUCAGAUAACAGGUGGCAACACCAGGAACCGCUUUGCCAUCAGCACAGCAGGGGGGUCCGGGCUGCUCUCUUUAGCCCUCCCUCUGGACUACAAACAAGAGCGGCGCUAUGUCUUAACUGUCACUGCUUCAGACCGCACGCUUCAUGAUACCUGUCAGGUGCACAUCAACAUCACAGAUGCCAACACGCACCGGCCUGUGUUCCAGAGCGCACACUACUCCGUUAGUGUGAAUGAAGACCGACCAAUUGGGAGCCAAGUGGUUGUCAUCAGCGCAACCGAUGAUGAUGUGGGGGAAAACGCACGCAUCACAUAUUUCUUGGAGGACAAUAUCCCUCAGUUUCGCAUAGAUCCUGCAUCAGGAGCUAUCACGCUACAGGCGGAGCUUGACUAUGAGGACCAGAUGACCUACACUUUGGCAAUAACGGCAAAAGAUAACGGUAUUCCACAGAAAGCAGAUACUACAUACGUGGAGGUGAAUGUCAAUGAUGUGAAUGACAACGCACCUCAGUUCCUCAGCCCCAGAUAUCAGGGAACUGUGAGUGAAGACGCUCCUCCAUUCACCAGUGUCCUCCAAAUUUCAGCCACCGACCGGGACGCCCACGCCAAUGGUCGCGUUCAGUACACCUUUCAAAACGGCGAGGAUGGAGAUGGAGAUUUUACCAUUGAACCGACAUCUGGAAUUGUGCGAACUGUUCGCCGUUUGGACCGGGAAAGUGUGCCAUUCUAUGAGCUCACAGCGUACGCCGUCGACCGAGGCGUGCCUCCCCAGAAAACACCUGUCCACAUCCAGGUGACGGUUCUUGAUGUGAACGAUAACGCCCCGGUCUUUCCUGCCGAUGACUUUGAGGUUCUCGUGAGGGAAAACAGCGCAGUGGGUUCUGUGGUCGCCCAAAUCACCGCCACAGACCCGGACGAGGGCGCCAACGCCCAAAUCAUGUAUCAAAUUGUGGAAGGAAACAUCCCUGAGAUCUUUCAGAUGGACAUCUUCUCAGGCGAGCUCACAUCCCUUAUUGAUCUUGACUAUGAGGCUCGUAAUGAGUAUGUCAUCGUAGUCCAGGCCACUUCAGCCCCUUUGGUCAGCCGGGCUACUGUGCGAAUCAAACUGGUGGACCAGAACGACAACAAACCCACUCUGCAGGACUUCCAGAUUAUUUUUAACAAUUUUGUGUCCAACCGUUCAAACAGUUUCCCCACCGGUGUAAUUGGGAGAGUCCCGGCCCACGAUCCAGAUGUGUCGGACCGGCUUUACUACACCAUAGACAGAGGGAACGAGCUUCACCUGCUGCUGCUUAAUCACACCAGCGGGGAGAUCCGACUGAGCCGUAAACUGGACAAUAACAGGCCGCUGGUGGCUCCCAUGCUGAUCACUGUCACAGAUGGGGUCCACAGCAUUUCCGCUCACAGCGUCCUGCGUGUCCUCAUCAUCACCGAGGACAUGCUGGGCAGCAGCGUCACGGUCCGCCUGCAGAACAUGUCCCAGGAGCACUUCCUCUCACCGCAGCUGGGUCACUUCCUGGAGGGCGUCUCGGCCGUGCUCUCGGUGCCCGUCGAGGACGUCUUCGUCUUCAACAUCCUGCCAGACAUGGACGCCGCCCCGGGAGGCAUCCUGAACGUCAGCUUCUCUGCCGCGCUGCCGGGAGGACACUUCUUUCCUUCCGAGGCCCUGGAGGAGCAACUGUACCUGAACAGGCCGCGGCUGACGUCUCUCACACAGAUGGAGGUCCUCCCAUUCGACGACAACGUGUGUCUACGCGAGCCGUGCCAGAACUACAUGAAGUGCAUCUCGGUGCUGCGCUUCAAUAGCUCCGCCCCCUUCAUCUCCUCGCCCUCCAUCCUGUUCCGGCCCAUCCACCCCAUCGCCGGCCUGCGUUGCCGCUGCCCGGUGGGCUUCACUGGCGACUACUGCGAGACGGAGAUCAACCUUUGCUACUCCAACCCGUGCCUCAACGGAGGGGUGUGCGCCCGGAAAGAGGGAGGGUACACGUGUAUCUGCCGGGAGGACUACACUGGUGACCGCUGUGAGUUUGACCAGCGUCAUGGCGGCUGCGUGCCGGGCGUGUGCCGCAACGGAGGAACGUGCCGGGAGCUCCCAGGCGGCGGCUUCCGCUGCGAGUGUCCCGCCGGCGGGUACGAGCGGCCAUAUUGCACCGUCACCGCCCGCUCCUUCCCGCCUAAGACCUUCGCCAUGUUCCGUGGCCUCAGGCAGAGAUUCCACCUCUCCAUCUCUUUAACUUUUGCAACCCUUGAGAGCAACGGCCUUCUUUUCUACAACGGCCGCUUCAACGAGAAACACGACUUCAUGGCUUUGGAGAUCCAAGAGGGCCAAGUGGUGCUGAAAUAUUCCACAGGUGAAUCGUCCACCCUGGUGAGUCCCUACCUGCCUGGAGGUGUGAGUGAUGGGGAAUGGCACACGGUUCACAUCCGCUACUACAACAAGCCAGCUAUACGCUACCCCAAGCGCAGCAUGAGCGGCGAUGCCCAAGGUCCAUCAGACGAGAAGAUUGCGGUGGUGAGCGUGGACGACUGCGACACGGCCCUGUCGCUCCGCUUUGGCACGCAGCUGGGCAAUUACAGCUGUGCGGCUCAGGGCAAACAGACCAGCAGCAAGAAGUCUCUGGAUCUGACAGGUCCCUUAUUCUUGGGCGGAGUUCCCAACGUUCCUGACAACUUCCCGUUUGGCACCCGGGAGUUUAUCGGCUGUAUGAAGGAGCUGCACAUUGACAACAAGCCGCUAGACCUCGCCGGGUUUAUUGCUAACAAUGGAACCGUCCCAGGCUGCAGCGCCAAACUUCCCUACUGUAAAUCAAGCCCUUGUCAGAAUGGAGGAACCUGCCGGGUCAGCUGGGAGACGUUCUCUUGUGAUUGCCCACUCGGGUAUGGAGGGAAGGACUGCAGCCACGUGAUGCCCCACCCGCAUCGCUUCCUGGGAAACAGCGCCCUCUGGUGGGACCUGAAGAACGACGUAACCAUCUCCACUCCCUGGUACCUGGGCUUGGUGUUCCGGACCAGAGCCCGAGAGGGCACCCUGCUCCAGGCCCAGGCCGGGCAGUACACCAGUCUGCUCUUCCAGGUGGCCAACGGUCAGCUGGUGUUUUCCGUGACUCGAGGUUCAACCAGACCAGUGAGGCUGAGGCUGGAUCAAGUUCAGGUGGCGGACGGGCGGUGGCACGACCUCCAGCUUGAGCUGCGGGACGUUCACACCGGGCGUGAGACGCGUUAUGUUGCCACACUUCGCCUUGACUUUGGACUUUAUCAGGGAACAGCAAUAGUGGGAAAUGAGAUUCACGGUUUGAAGGUGAAACAUCUGCAUGUGGGAGGAGUGUUGGGCUCUGGAGAGGUCCAGAACGGGAUAAAGGGAUGCAUACAGGGCGUCCGUUUGGGCGUAAGACCGGACUCCCCACCGCUGCCCCGGCCUUCCAGGACGGUCAAGGUGGAGAUUGGCUGCAACGUUGUCAACACUUGCGUCUCAUCUCCUUGCCCCGCCCACAGUCGAUGUUCUGACCAAUGGGAGCGACACACCUGCAUAUGUGAACCUGGUUUCUAUGGGAAAGGCUGCACAGAUGCUUGCCAUCUGAACCCGUGUGACAAUGAGGCUCAGUGCCACAGGAAGCCCACCUCGUCGCAUGGAUACACCUGUGACUGUGGAGACAACCACUAUGGACAGUACUGCCAACACAGGAUAGACCACCAGUGUCCAAGGGGGUGGUGGGGCUCUCCCACCUGUGGACCUUGUCACUGUGAUGCCAACAAAGGGUUUGACCCCGACUGUAACAAGACCAGUGGACACUGUCAGUGCAAGGAGUUUCACUAUCGUCCACGGGGCUCAGACAGCUGCCUGCCAUGUGACUGCUACCCGGUCGGCUCCUUCUCGCGGACAUGUGACCCCGAGGCCGGCCAGUGCCAGUGCAGGCCCGGUGUGAUCGGCCGCCAGUGCAACACCUGUGACAACCCGUUUGCGGAAGUCACCAACUCAGGGUGUGAAGUCAUUUAUGAUGGCUGCCCCAAAACCAUCACUCAGGGGAUCUGGUGGCCGCGGACCAAGUUCAACCUGCCUGCAGCAGUGCCCUGCCCCAAAGGCUCUGUGGGAGCUGCCAUCAGACACUGUGAUGUUGAGAGAGGCUGGAUGGAACCAGACCUUUACAACUGCACCUCCCCUCCGUUCGUGGAGCUCAAUGCUGCUUUGGACUCGCUUGAACGCAACGAAACUGAGCUCAACACGAUAAUGGAAAAGAAGCUGGCACACCAGCUCCGUGAUGUCACCGAAGCGACAGGCCGCCUUUACGGUAACGACCUGCUGAUUGCAGAGCGACUGCUGUCACGCCUCCUGACCUUCGAGACCCAACAAAGUGGCUUUGGACUUACCGCCACUCAGGAUGCACACUUUAAUGAGAACAUCCUGCGGGGCUGCAGCGUAUUGUUGGGUCCCGGAACGGAGGGGCUCUGGCGGGCCCUCGCCCAGGCUCAGAACCACAUUCCUGGCGGUCCUUCGGAGCUGACGGAAUUGCUGGGACAGUAUACGCAGAAUCUGGCUCAGAACAUGAAGCUCACCUACCUCAACCCUGUGGCACUCGUAUCUCCUAAUAUUGUGAUGAAUCUGGACCGAGUGGAGAACCACACCCACGUGCGGCGACGCUUCCCGCGUUACCACACCUCGCUGUUUCGCAGUCAGAACGUCUGGGAUCCCUACACCCACGUGGUGCUGCCCCCUGCUGCCCUGGUGCCACAACGACAACAGCAGCAACACAGCUGGAAGGAGAAGGAGCGCAAGGAAAAAGAACUGGAGAAAGAAUACAUCCCUCCUGUUCAAACCCCAGUCAGCAUCUCGGCCAAUCAGACGAGCGAAUACACAGCAGCCAGGCGCACGCUUGCCGCGCCUGAGCCGCCCAUCUCUAUCGUCAUUUUGCUGAUCUAUCGAAGUCUGGGCGGAGCGCUGCCUCCCAAGUAUCACACGGACAGGCGAGGAGUGAGGCUUCCCAGACACCCCGUGAUGAACUCCCCAGUGGUCACCAUCUCUGUUUACAACAACCAGACGUUCGUGGGCGGACAUUUGGACCAGCCCAUCCUACUGGAGUUCAAGCUCCUGGAGACGGCCAAUCGCAGCAAGCCGCUGUGUGUCCAAUGGAACCACAGCAGCCAGUGUGCGACAGGAGGUUGUUGGACAGUGAGGGACUGCAUGGUGGUGUAUAGGAACACCUCGCAUGUCCGCUGUCAGUGCCAAAGGCUGGGCACCUUCGGGGUGCUGAUGGACAGUUCCCACAGAGAGCAACUUGAAGGAGAUCUGGAGACACUCGCCCUGGUUACUUAUUCCUCUCUGGUGCUAUCCAUGCUGGCUCUCCUCCUCACCGUCCUGGUGCUGUCCUGCCUCCGAGGCCUCAAGUCCAACAGCCGCAGCAUCCACUCCAACACGGCGGCAGCCAUGUUUUUGUCUGAGCUUGUGUUUCUAAUGGGGGUCAAUCAGACGGAGCAACAGUUCCUGUGCACGGUGGUGGCCAUCUUGCUGCAUUACUUCUUCAUGUCCACAUUUGCUUGGAUGUUUGUGGAGGGCCUUCACAUCUACAGGAUGCAGACUGAGCAACGGAACAUCAACUUUGGAGCCAUGAGGUUCUACUACGCCAUCGGCUGGGGCGUGCCUGCUAUCAUUACGGGUCUGGCUGUGGGCUUGGACCCUGAAGGUUAUGGUAACCCAGACUUCUGUUGGAUCUCCAUCUACGACAAGCUUAUUUGGAGCUUUGCCGGGCCCAUCGGCAUCGUCAUACUGGUCAAUGGAGGUAUUUUCAUUAUUGUGGCCAAGAUGUCUUGUAACCCUUCUCAGAAGGAGACCAAGAAACUCCCUGUCAUCGCGACCAUUCGCAACGCCUUCCUGCUGCUGAUGAUGGCCACCUCCACCUGGCUCUGUGGCUUGAUGGCCGUGAACAACAGCAUCCUGGCUUUCUACUACAUCUUUGACGUCCUCUGUCUAGUGCAGGGUCUGUCGGUGUCGCUGGUCUUCACUGUGUUCAACUCUGAGGUGAAGGAGGCCUGGAGAGUAGCCUGCUUGGGUAAGAAGAGUCUUGAAGAGUCGCCAAGACCCGCACAGAACACGGCACAGAAUCCCUAUCAUAACGCUUCAUUGUUGGAGCAGAGUGGGCUGCACCGCAUCACCUUGGGAGCCUCCACCAUCUCCUCUGCCAGCUCUGCCAGAGAAAAUCUCUUAGCUCGUCAAACUCUGGAGCAAAGCAUUGUUCAAACCGGAGCGACGGACCUGGACGUGGCCAUGUUUCACAGAGAUGGAGGUAAACACUUAUGCGAGGAUUCCGAUUCUGACUCGGACCUCUCCAUGGACGAGGAGCGCAGUCUCUCCAUCCCGUCGUCUGAGAGCGAGGACAACGUCCGUCUGCGAGGUCGCAUCCAGCGGCGUUUCAAGCGCUCCAAUCACGGCGAGCGCCUGCUCACUGAGCCCGCCCACAAUGGUACCAAAGAUCUGGACGGCAACGACCUUCUGUCUUACUGGCCCGCCCUGGAGGAGUGUGAGAAACACACCCUCCAGAAGUGGGGCUCGGAGCGCCCCCUGGGGGGCGACUACAGCAAGGACGCGGCAAACAACAACCAAGCAGACGGAGCGCUCACGAGCGGGGACGAGAGCGGCCUCACGCAGCCGCACAGGCACCGCAAGGGUAUUCUCAAGAACCGUCUGGGCUGCCCCCCAGCUCUUCAGGGCAUUUCAACAGUGGGUCGGGGAUCCAGUGAGCUCAACUGGUACCGCACCUCGACCCUGGGCCACCGAGGCGUCCCCGCCGCCUCCUAUGGCCGCAUGUACUCUGCCUCGGCUAGUGGCGGAGGCGGCACGGGCUCGCUCUCGCAGCCGGGUUCCCGCUACUCCUCCAGGGAGCAUCUGGACUCGCUGGCUCGGAGGCAGCUCUCCCGGGAUCCUCUCGGGAGGCAAACAGUAGGCGGGUCGAAGGACCGGCUGGACUCGCGGGGUUCCAGAGACAACCUGGACCUCCUGCCCAGGAGGAGGGAGCUUGGCCAGGGCGCGGGGCUCACAGGCCUGGGGCUGGAUCACCAGAGAACGUCGUCAUCCAGGGAGAAUUUGACCUCCUCCAGGGACAGACUGGACAACCAUCACCCAAGCACUUUCCAUGCCUCAAGAGAGGACUUGAGGGGGAACGGCAUGGAGGGUAGUCUGAGCGGGUCCAGAUCGCAGCUGAACACGCUCACUCGCCGGCAGGCGUCAUCCCGAGAGCACCUGGCGGGGGCGCUGAUGAGCAGUAGGUCCAGAGAGGAGCUGGAGGCCAACGGAGUGGGAGCACAGUCCCAACCUUGUCGGGAAUGGCUGCGCUCUCUACCGCCUCGCCAGCCCUCGCACCCGGACCAACCUCCACCUUCCUCCCCACCGCCGCCCAUCUCAGAGGAACCCCAGCAGGAGGCCUUCCCUCCUCCGGGUCACAUUAGAGGACGCCUGGACUCUGCAUGUAGGUACCCUGGGCAGACUGGCACGGCUUUGAACCCUUUGGGGCGACCGCCGUCCAGUGAACACCUGGACAUACUCUCCUCCAUCCUUGCAUCCUUCAACCCUUCCGUCCUCACUCCUCCAAACGCCGCCUCAAACUCGGGGCCCAAUGGCUCUGCCCUUGGCCCCUCCCCCUCUGCCACAUCCCACAGCAUAUCUGAAGUCUCUCCUGACUCAGAAGCCAACAGAAGUGAAGGACAGUCUUGAUGACGGCCUCCAAGCUUUUGUGAGUCCCAGGUCCAAGGUCAUGGAGGACUCAAACACAGCUUUGGACGCAGGUGACAUCCAGACAUGUCUUUAAAAAAAAAAAAACUGAACUCACAAACGCAGACAGAAUCCACAUAAAAAGAACACGGACUGUACAUACAUCCUGACCACUAAAACACUUUUAUACAUUUUGUAUCUUUUUCAAAGGAGACUAGGACGUCUCUUACGAUGUUUUUUUUUGUAACGUCCGUGUGAGUGAGGCCGGUGUGAGUGAGCUAUUUAUUAAAAAAAACAAACAAAAAAAAAAGUAUUCAUCAAACGUGGCAAAGUAUCCAAGGAUAAUAUCUGAUGAGAAAGAGCAAAAAGGUGAUGUAAAUAAACGGUAGGCGGUUAUGAAGGAGAUGAUUGUAUUGAGGACGCCGCGCCAGGUGCAGGGUUUCAACCAUUUUCGCUCCGUCACAACUUGUCAUGUUUCUUGCUGUUCAAUGAAUGUGAACUCGUCGUCUGUGUACCUCUUGUGCCUGGACCUUGUCCGUGGACCCGCUGCGUCAUGUCCUCAGUGGGUGAAGGUUAGAAACCUGCCUGCCUCCCUCCCCCUCCCUUCCACGCCACAACCACUGAAGACUGUUUUUUUUACAUAACCUGCCUCAAGACAUCACGGGAGCGACUUCCUCCUCUCUGUGCAAGCCAAAGGGAAAACUGCUCAAAUGUAGAGGCCAUUUUUGUUUCACCGAGUCUUGGUUCUACUCCUAAUUGUACCACUUUUCCCUCCUCCACCCCGACCCUGAAUCCAUUUCAAUCCCUUGCAUUGACAUACACUAUAUUGCCAAAAGUAUUCUUAAAAGUGUUUGGCCACCCAUCCAAAUGAUGAGCAUCAGGUGUCCUAAUCACUUUGUCGGCCACAGGUGUAUAAAAUCAAGCACUUAGGCAUGGAGACUGUUUCUACGAACAUUGGUGAAAGAAUGGGCCGCUCUCAGUGAUUUCCAGCGUGGAACUGUCAUAGGAUGCCACCUGUGCAACAAAUCCAGUCGUGAAAUUUCCUCGCUCCUAAAUAUUCCAAAGUCAACUUUAUUAUAAGAAAAUGGAAGAGUUUGGGAACAACAGCAACUCAGCCACCAGGUGGUAGGCCAUGUAAACUGACAGAGAGGGGUCAGCGGAUGCUGAAGCGCAUAGUGCAAAGAGGUCGCCGACUUUCUGCACAGUGUUGCGUCAGACCAGCUCUUCCUCCCAGGGAAUUUAAGUUACUGGUCAAUCCCAAGUUCUUUCGAUGACAUAUAUGCUGAGUAAGAAGGACCAUCAAGACAGAAUUGGAAUAUUUUCAAGUUUUACUAAAGCUUUAGGACAGGGGUCCCCAAACUACGGCCCGCGGGCCGGAUACGGCCCUCCAGCGUCCAAAAUCCGGCCCGCGGGAAGUCCCAAGUGAAAAUUUUUUUUUUUUUUUUUUGGAUUAUAAUUUUUUUUAAAUUUGUCCUUACUAGUCCAUUUUCUACCGUCUCCUAGCCACUCAGGCAAAUCAUAUUGUCUAAAAAUGCAUCUUACCAUCGAUAACGUGACAUGCAGCAAGUGCGCUCUUUAAGUCAAUUAGUGCGCAAGGAAUAUAUAUGUAUGA